ACGGAUACGCCGCCCAUGGAGGGGGGCCUGCCGGAGGCGGCGGCGGCGGCGGGCGUCGCCGGAGGAGGCGCCUACGAGGGGGAGAAUCUCACCUCCGGGAGGCCGCCCCCGGGCUUCGACGGGGUCCGCGUCAAGGCCAUGCGGGGCGCCAUCCAGGGACACCCUCUCGCCCACGAGUCCCACGUGCAGGGUGCCCCGAUGGAUGGUUACAGGAGCUCACCGAAUCAGCGCAACAACGGCGCAUUUUGGGACGAGCGUCAAGUUUGUACCCCAGCUGAGGAGCAGCAGUCGCCAGCUGAGCGAUCUGCUGGCUCGGUGAGAUCAAGGGGAAGGAGAACAAAAAAUUUCAGCGAUAAGGAGGACAAUAUGUUGGUGCUGGCAUGGCUGAAUAUCAGCAUGGAAGUAGCACCAGGGAACGAACAAGUUCGUUCUUAUUGGCAGAGGAUAUACUGUUACUUCCACCGGAACAGGAACUUCGAGUCGGAUCGCAAUCAAAAUUCCCUCACGCACCGUUGGUCCACCAUUCAAGAACACGUUCAGAAAUUCUGCUGGUGUUAUGACCGGAUUGGGUGUAAAAACGGGAUCACGGAGGAAGAAAGGAUAGUCCAGGCAUUGGGAGUGUACAAAUCAGAAGAGAAGAAAGCGUUCGGUUUCUUGCAUUGUUGGAAUACCUUACACGCUCAUCAGAAGUGGACUGAUAGGUUGUCUCAGAAAAAGCAGAAGACAACCUCCAAUUCAAGUCCGGGUACAUUUGCUCUUGGAACCAACUCGAUUCGGCUUGAUGAUGAAGCGGAGGCUCGUAGUCCAAAAAAUGAUGACUCGGGCUCGGAUGACGGAGGGGACUGUGGCCACGAGCUCCGCGUUCAGGCUCUGGAGUGCGCCCUCCAGGAGCAGCCUCUCGACCACAAGCCCCACCUUCAGGUUGCCGCAAUGGAUGGUUAUACUUAUAGGAGCUUGCUGAAUCAGGGAAACAAGGAACCAUUUUGGGAUGACCGUCAACUUGGUAGUAGCUCAGCUGAGGAGCAACAAUCGCCAGUUGAACAAGCUAUUCCGUCCAUGCCAACAAACAUCAAGAGAACAGAAACUUUUAGCGAUAAGGAAGACUAUAUGUUGGUGUUGGCAUGGUUAAAUAUCAGUAUGGAUGCAACACAAGGGAAUGAGCAGACUUGUUCUACUUAUUGGCAGAGAAUGCAUUGUUACUUCCACGAGAACAGGAACUUUGAGUCAGAUCGUAAUCAAAAUUCUCUCUUGCAUCGUUGGUCGACCAUUCAAGAACACGUGCAGAAGUUCUGUAGAUGUUAUGACCAUGUUGGGUGUAGAAGCGUGAUGACAGAGAAAGAUAAGAUUGUUCAGGCAUUGGAAGUGUACAAGGCAGAAGAAAAGAAAGCGUUCGGUUUCUUGCAUUGUUGGAAUACCUUACAACUCCAUAAAAAAUGGACCGAUAUGUUAUCUCAGAAAAAACAGAAGACGACACCCAAUUCAAGUCCAGACACGUCCAAUUCAAGUUGGCCUGAUGGUGAAGCGGAGGCUCCCACUCCUGAAAAUGAGCCUUUGGAAAGACCAGUAGGUAGUAUGGCGGAGAAAGAACAACUACAACUUCGCAAAAGUUCUGUCUCUCCAAAUAAUAAUAUUUACAUGGAAGCGGCAGAUCAUCUGUGGUCAAAUAAGAGAGUGGCGAAUAGCGUCAAAGAGCUCAAGGAAGAUGAACACUUUGAACAAGCAUGUGCACUAGAAGAAGAGAGGAUUGCAAAUGAAAAAGACAUGAUAGCACACAAGAGAAAAAAGCUUGAAGUAAAAGAAAGAGAGUUAGAAUUCAAGAGAAAGAAGCUUGAAGUAAGGGAAAGAGAGUUAGAACUUCAGAGAAGGUUGGAAGAUGGGAGAAUAAUGGAUAUGGACAUUAGUGCUAUGGCUGGGCCACAGCAACAAUUCUACAUGAGCUUGCAGAAUGAGAUCAUCGCUCGACGAUGCAAUAGCUCGAAAUGAGCUGCUUCAUUGUCUUGACUUCAAUGUUGUUUCGUUGUACGUAGCAUUAUCUUGUAUGAACUUUUAGGUGGGUAGAUGCUUUUGGUUGAUAAACUCAUAAAACUAUUGCCUGGCUAGCUUAAUGUUGAUUGGUCUGAUUGAUCGAUAAAACUCUUUGGUUUACUG